AUGGCGGAACCUCUGCACUGCCUUGCCUUGUCACAAUAUGAGUUUAUGCAAACCAAAAGAAAAAUACAAAAAUCAUCAGUAGCAAGUCAUUUUCUUACAAUAGCCCUUCAUAUAACCUCAACUCAGCAUUACCAAGAAGAACAUUCCCCAUCGUUGUCAGGAUCAGAUUCUCUUACCCCCGUGAUGACUUCAACCCCCGUGAUGACUUCAACCGUAGUUAACUCAAAUCAACAUUCAACAUUAAUGACAAGCUCAGUACAGCUGCUUGUUACCAAGCUUAACACCCUGAGUUUAAGCAAGCCAGUGGUGGCGCAGCGGCUAAGGAAGCCGCCAGCAGAGAGUAUUACUGACACACCCCGUCACAUGAUCUCUCCUGAAGUGACUGCUAGGUCUGGAGACCUCCCCUUCACACCAUCUGGUCCAGGAAUGAGGUCACCAAUUGAACACUUUGUUUCUGCACCAGGCUUUGCGUCUCCCAUAGUGAUGAUACUCAUUGUUUUGGGAGUGAUGGCGGGGUUCAUCGGAACUGUCCUUCUCAUCUCUUACCUUAUCUGCCGAGUGACAAAGAAAAGUUCAGUUGACAUACAGCCUCCUGAGGGUGAUGACAACGGUGUGCCUUUGAAUUCUAUUGAGCAGACCACUGAUCAAGAAUUCUCCAAUGUUUGA